AUGGCCCCUCAAGGUCCUUUACCUUCGGCAUUCAAUGUUGCGGACAGAGAUGUUGCUGAUAAAGAAGCUGCUCAAAUGUUCUACGCCGUGGCUACGAACAACUUUGUUGUAUCACGAAAAAGAACAUGUCAACAGGUUGUUGCAACCAAUCAAAGAUACGUGGAGUAA